ACCCCCAAAAUCAAGGCAAGCGAGAUUUGAAAUUUGAAAAGAGUGCAGAGGAAGAGAGAGAGAUGGCAAGCAAAAGCAGCAUGAAGGGUUUCUACAGGCAAAAGAAAGCGAUCGCGAAAACCCCAAAAGCGUCUUCCUCCAAGAAGAAGUCUCCACCAAAGCAUGCUGCCGCUAUCGGCUCCGAUGUAGUGCAGCCACCGGCCCUCAUCUCCCACGGGUCUCUCGACCUUCAAGAAUCUUGGUGUGUUUUUUUUAGCGGAUUACCGGUUUUGGAAGUAGAGCAAGAUGAUUAUGAUGAGAAAGAGCAAUUGUUGAAGCAAUUUGACAUGAACAUGGUGUAUGGACCAUGCCUUGGUAUGACUCGAAUGGCACGAUGGGAGCGUGCUCAAGGUUUAGGUUUAAGCCCACCUAAGGAAAUAGAGCUUCUGUUGAAAACUGGCAAGGCUCGAGCAGACUGCUUGUGGGAUGGCCGUGUUUAGAAGCUAUCAGCCUAGCACCCUGGUUUAUGUACAUCAGAUCAUCUAGUAUGAUAGUAUCAGAGUUGAAGUUAUGUAUUUCUUUUCUUUUCUCCAAUCUGAGGUAUAGUAUCUGGCUGUACCGCUUGUUGCUGUUUGUAUGCUAUGAUGAACUCCAGCUGUGUCUGAUCUUUUGCCAAGGGGGUGUUUUGUAGACCAAGAAGUUGAUAUUGUGCUAAGAUUUGGUACUUCUA